UGUCCUCUUGGCCCUGUAAUUUCCCUCCUGCAACUGCUCACAGCUGUAAGCUCGGCCCAGGACCGAGGCACCAUGCCCCCUCCCCGGCUGACCCUGUUCUGUCUGGGACUGUGUCUGCUCCAGGUGAUCCAGGCGGCAGUAUAUUUCACAACGAAUCCCAACCUCCACCUGGUGCCCUCCUCCAUGCUCCACCCUCUGGAGAAAAUGACUCUUCAGUGUAAUGUGCCCCAUAGAGGGGAGCACUUCCAGUCUCAGAAUUUCCAGCUCAUGAAGGAUGGGGAAGUCUGGGAUUCAGUGCAUCUGGAGGCACCCUGCUUCCAGGCCAGUUUCCCCCUCGGGACCGUGUCAGCCAAUCACAGUGGAAGUUAUCGCUGCCGCUACUGGAAGCAGAACAGAUGGUCCUCGCCCAGUGACCCUUUAGAGUUAACGGGGUCAGACUCGCUCCCAAAGCCUCUGCUCUUGGCCAGACCUUUUCCCUUACUCCUGCCUCAGGAGAAAGUCACCCUCCAGUGCCAGGGCUGGAUGAACGGCAUGAGCUUCACCCUGUACAAAGAUGGAGAAUCAGAGCUCGUCAAGCAGGCAGACCCACAUGGGCUGAAUGCUGAAUUCUCCAUCAGCAGCCCAGGAAGAUACAGUUGCCGCUAUCACACCGCAUCCACCCCGGACACUUGGUCGGAUCCCAGCGAACCCGUGGAAAUUGUAAUUCCAGACAGACUCCCCAAGCCUUUCUUCAGGGCCUCGAGAAGCUCUCCAAUCUCCUUGGGCGAAACUGUUGACCUCGAGUGCGACGGGAAACUUCAGGGAUUACUAUUUGAACUGUUCAAGGAAGGACAGCCAGUUCGAGUCAGAAGCCGAAGCUCUACAAACCCUGACAGGGAAAACUUUCACCUUGUUAAUUUGAGUGUUGGUGCAGGAGGGAGUUACAGCUGCCGCACUCACUCCCGGUUCAAGCCCUUCAUCUGGUCUGAGCCCAGUAACCCCGUGGAGCUGGUGAUGUCAGGAGAAUUGCCCAAACCCACCCUCUUGGCCCACGGGGGCUCUGUGUUCAAUGCUGGGGUCAACGUGACCCUCAGUUGCCAGGCCUCCAGGCAGGGUGUGAAGUUUGCCCUACUGAAAGAGGACAGCCCAGAAGCCACCAAACUCCAGAGCCCAGAAGAUAAUCAGGCUGACUUUCUCCUCGAGGAUGUGACGGCCUACGACUCAGGAAAGUACAGAUGUGUUUACUUUGAGGAGAAAGCCCCGUAUGGAGCAUCCCAGCUCAGUGAGCCCUUGGAGAUCCAGGUCAAUGGCCUGAUGACUAAGCCUUCCCUCUCGGUCCCAUCUGGCUCUGCACUCACUCCGGGCAGAGACGUUACCCUCCGCUGCUCAGGGAGGUACCCCUUUAUGAUAUUUGAGCUCAAAAGAGAUGGGAUAAGAGUCCCCCUUGCACAUGAGAAGAGCAGAACUGACUACAGCAUAGACUACAUUAUCCCUAAUGUGGGGUACCAAGAUAUUGGGAACUACAGUUGUCACUACUCUAAAUGGACAGGAGCAUCAGGAGCAUCUACUGUUUCUUAUCCCAGCGACCCCCUGGAGCUCAAGUUACCAGCUCUAGGCAAACUCCCCCAGCCUACCUUCAGGGUCUGGCCUCAUGCUGAGGUGACGCUGGGUGCCAACCUGAAACUCAGGUGCUCGGGGCAACUCCAGGGGAUGUAUUUUGAGCUGUACAAAGAUGGAGAGGAGGUGAAGCCCACAACCGUGAGCAGCUCAGACGUGAGAAGGAUUGACUUUCACCUAAACAACUUCGGCGUCGAAGACCAGGGGACUUACACGUGCCGUUACUAUAACGGGAAGGCCCCUUACGUCUGGUCAUAUCCCAGUGAGCCCCUGAAGCUUAUACUGCCAAGUGAGAAGAAGGAAUCCCUAUAAUAACACCAUCAGCCUUCGUGUCUAAUCCCUCCCCUGCACCAAAUACUUUGACCCUUUGGAAGUAACAAAGGCUAUCCCUGUCCUAGCUAACUGGAAGAAUGGUGUCUUGGGCCCCUAAUUUGCCUCUGACUCCCACAUAGUCAGGUUACCUAAAGCAGAGCUGAGAAGAAACAAAACUCAGCCACCUUGGGGCUGAUCACCAGUAUUCUUAAAAUGUCCACAGCCCCACAAUUAGGACUAUUCUGAAGACCACCCCACUUCCACCCGCCGUAGACUGUAAGCUCCUUGUGAACAGGGAGCAAAUCUAACAGCUCAUUUGUGUUAUGUUUUCCUAAGUGCUUGGUACAGUGCUCUGCACACAGUAAGCACUCAAUAAAUACCAUUGACAGAUCCACCCUUAUUCUCAGUCGGAAGGCUCUAAGCAAUUACAAAUAAGCAAGGAACGUACCCAUGAUAAUCUCCACCACCUCGGGUCUCAACUUCUCAAACCCUUUGAUCUCCAGGUUGUUCCCAUCAGUUGGAGGCUGAUAUUUCUGAGUGUAGUCCAGAAUUAUUUCCUGAAUGUCUAUGUGAGAAAUAAUUCAGCUCUGAUCCAUGCUUCUAAAAAUCACUUGUCAAUUAAAGGAUUUCCUCCCCACUUUGA